ACACCCCUAUAGCACACGCGCAUAGCAGCAUAUACAUACAAUGGCUGCUGCCGUACGAGAUACCGUUUCCAACUUAAUUGGCAAGAUAGCGGGCAUGGGAGUCCAGGAGACCCCGCUCCGCCAGCCAUCGGCUGAAGAAGUCGCUGAGCUCAAGAAGAAGUACGAGCAAGCAAAGCAAGGGCAGGUAUUUGCCCGCUUCGACUCUCUGAGCUCCAACGACCAAGCUCAGCUCUUCCAUCAACUCUCCACCUUCGAUCCCGAACACAUCAACAAGCUUGUCAAGCGUGCUAAUACAGAUGCCGCCAACGCCUUGAACUCCAACAAGCCCAAAGCUCUCGAGCCACUGCCAGAGAAUUCUACAGCUUCGAUACUCGAUUCGGAUCCGGAAGAUCUCAAAAGAUGGUACAACGAGGGGCUGAAGCUCAUCGGUGAGAACAAGGUUGCUGUUGUGCUCAUGGCUGGUGGCCAGGGAACCAGACUUGGAAGCUCUGACCCUAAAGGAUGCUUCAACAUCGGCCUUCCCAGUGGGAAGUCGUUGUUCCAGAUACAGGCGGAGCGGAUUGCCAAGUUGCAGUCGUUGGCUACCGAAGUAUCUGACAAGAAGAAUAUCGUUGUUCCUUGGUACAUUAUGACCAGCGGGCCAACCAGAAAAGCAACAGAAAAAUUCUUUACUGACCACAGCUUCUUUGGCCUCGCGAAAGAGAAUGUGACAAUCUUUAAUCAGGGUGUCCUGCCUUGUAUCUCUAAUGAGGGAGAAAUCCUUCUUGAGAGUGCUUCAAAGGUCGCUGUUGCUCCAGAUGGAAAUGGAGGUAUCUACCAGGCUCUUGUCAACUCCGGUGUCCGGGACGACAUGAAGAAGCGCGGGAUUGAGCAUAUCCACGCUUACUGCGUAGACAACUGUCUUGUCAAAGUGGCUGACCCUACAUUCAUCGGCUUUGCUGCCUCCAAGAAAGUUGACAUUGCCACCAAAGUCGUGCGAAAGCGCAAUGCUACCGAGUCCGUUGGCCUUAUCGUCCUCAACGACGGCAAGCCGGGUGUCGUAGAAUACUCUGAGAUUGACGAAGCUACCGCAAACGCUGUUGACCCCAAACAGCCAGGUGUUCUCAAAUUCAGAGCCGCCAACAUCGUCAAUCACUACUACUCGUUCAGCUUCUUUGAGUCGAUUGAGCAAUGGGCCUCCGAUCUACCACACCACAUCGCCCGCAAGAAAAUCCCUUUCUUCAACACCGAGACCGGCGCCACCGUCAAGCCAGAGUCUCCAAAUGGAAUCAAACUUGAACAAUUCGUCUUUGAUGUCUUCCCAUUCAUCCCACUUGAGAAGUUUGCUGCCAUUGAGGUCAAGCGAGAGGAGGAAUUCUCCCCCCUUAAGAAUGGUAAAGACAGCCGGGAUGACAAUCCAGAUACUAGUAAACGAGACAUCAUGCAGCAGGGUCUGCGCUGGAUCAAGGCUGCUGGAGGUGUUGUCAGCGAAAAAGGUGCUGAAGGGGUUGAGGUGUCUCCUUCCAUCAGCUACGGCGGUGAGGGUCUCGACUUCCUGAAGGGCCGUACCAUCAGUACUCCCGCACUGAUUGAGAUCGAAGGCGAGAAGGCGUAG